GUAGCAAUAGGAGGAGCAAUCAGGGUGCUAUAUAUCCAUGACUCUGCCUUAACUAGUAGAAUCUGUCAUAGCUCCAGCAUUCUGAAGCCAUCAAUAUAAAUCAGCAUGAGAGCUGCUCUGCUGCUGUGUCUGCUGUAUGCAGCUUGUGCUGCUGGCCAAUAUUCUUGGGACAGUGGUGCUAAGGAUGUAGUACUCAACACAGGCUGCAACGUGGACCAGCCUUCUUGUGCAUGCUGCAAGAUGGUGCAAGACACCAACAAACUAAAGGCGUAUUUCAACGCAGUCCUGACUGGGCUGGAGCAGGACUUAUCACAAACUAACCAAAGUCUUCAGUCUAUUGAAGCCAACCGAGUUGCCUUCAGCUCUGCUCUCUACACCAAUAACAAUUUCAGGUGUAAUGGUCCCUUUAGUGUUGACAGCGUCAUUGUUUACAAGCAGGUUUUCAUUAACUAUGGUAACAGUUACAACGUGGACACUGGUAUCUUCACUGCUCCCUGCGCUGGUGUCUACAGCCUAGCCGUGUCGACCUUUAGUGACUCUGGUGCUUCUGGGUACCUGCUAGCCGUCUGCAUCACCCUUCAGGUGAACAGCCAAGUGGUGGCUGGGGCCAGAGACUACAACACCAGGGACAAAGAAGACAGCUCCACUAUAGCUAUUGCCCUGAGCCUGAAGGUUGGAGACAAGGUGUCCGUCAACUUAGCCAAGAACUGCUUCCUCUGCGAUGACUUCAACCACUACAAUACUUUCAGUGCUUUUCUGCUUUAUGCUACUGCAUAGCGCAGGAGGGUGCUUUUCACCACAUGUAAUAGGUUAGUCUAAUGGAGGAGUUCUGUCUUUGGUGAGCGGUCCCAUGCACCACCCCAUCUCACUGAGAGAAGCCUCUCACUACAACUGUCAUACCAGCUAGUGCCUCCUCUUUCUUCUCCACACUGACAGCUGCAAUUUAUAAUUAUCAUGUGAAAAUAAAUGAAGAUUUUGAACAAAGCGUUUGUUUUCUUUGGCAUAUUCUUUUCC